CUCUUCUCUUUCUCUAACUGGUUCCUCCUCUCCUUAUCUGUCCCCUUCUUUUGUACUUGUUGAUCAUUUUUUUCGUCUUCCUCCGGUACUUGUCUUCUUCCUUCAGAGCGUGGAAAUGUUAUCGUUGUUUCUCCCUUGGUGGUGGUGGGGUAGUUGUGGUGGUGGUGUACUAUCGUUGCUGCGCUGGCGCCUAUGGAGUGGUGUUGGCAGCAUGGUGGCGGUGGUGUGUGGUGGUGCUAAACUAUUGUGGCGGUGGUGUUGGCGCGGCGUGGGGGGCGGCGGGCCAGGUGGAGCACAGGCCUGGCAGCGGCAGGGUGAGGCAGCGCUGCGCCUCCCGACACCCGUCAGUUUGAUGCUCCCUCGCGCGCCUCACACGCCACGUCGCGCCCCGCCGCACGCCCGUGCCUCGCUGGGAUAUCACGUGCUGCGGCGCCACGUGCCCCUGGGAGUGGUGGCGUGAUGAGCGGCGCCCGGCCCGGCGCGGGGGGAGGCGUGGCAGGGUUCGGCAGAGGGCGCUGCUUGCGGCGUUCGAGUCGCUGCUGCAGGAGGUGGAGGUGGAGGUCGCUGCGGGCCACGCGGCGCCGCGCACCAAGUGGUCGUCCGAGGAGCUACUGGCGUCGUGUCAGGCGCUUCUGGACGACGCCCGCGAGGUUGUGUUGAUCCGCGAGGCGCCCCUGAGUGCCGCCCCUAACCAUUGCCCCGCCCCCGCCACGCUUGCCCCGCCACGCUGCCAGUCCCCCAUGCAGCAGCCUGCCGCGGCUGCCACGAGCCCCGUACCGCGCCCCGGCCCGCGUUCCUCGCCGCUCACAAGUAGGGCAGGUGUCGGUGAUUUGUCAGCCGUGCCUGCCUCCCUGCUCCCUCCUGCGAUGGCUGCCGCGCCGCCAGGCUGUACCGCGGCUUGCUCCGUAGAUUGUGUUCCGUGCUGUGAGUUCCGCAGCCAGGCCACGCAGGGCAUUGCUGACCCCUGCGAAGCACUGGUGCAUAGUGGUGCCACACCGGGCAUUGCUGACCCCCGCGAAGCGCGGGUGCAUAGUGGUGCCCGAGUGAGCAGCGGCAUUGUUACCCACGUGCCUGUUGUCUUCCCAGCCCCCGCGCAGCCCCCGCCGCCCCCCGACACAUUGUUGGCUACGGGUACGUGCGGCUCAGCUGAUGUGGAGGGUCAGUGUGCCGCGAGGGCGGCUUGCGGCAAGGCUGAAGGGCAGCUGGCUAAGGCGGGCGUGACUGGUGUGCUUGAGGCAGCGGCCGUAAGGUGUGCAGCGGAGUGCUGUUCCUUCUCUUCUGCAGUGUCGUGUGUCUGCAGGAAGGCUGCACGCCGCCUCAGUGAGGACGAGGAAUCGCUGUUUAGUUUUAGAACGUGUAGUUCCGGCGAGGUGGAGAGCCCGGGCUGGUGUUCCGCCUCUGAGGGCGAGGCGGACAGUGACACCGAAAGUGAGUGUAGCCUGGCAGGCUUCGUGCCGACCACCGAGGAUGUGUGGCAAUGGAACCCGUCUUACGAGGAGAGCCGGCGGGACAGGAACGAGGCGGCGGUGCCUCCAGACGAAGAUAGCGACGCGGGGGCCGUGGCGCGGGGCCGCUGCCAGCAGGUGGUGGACGCGCCCCCGCCCCCGCACCCUGUGCUUGACAUCCAGGCUUUGGGCAGACUCGCCCAGUCCCUGACGUGCCCCGCCAUUACCCGGAAGGGGAGCCCUUCACCCCCGAGCCGCGGGGACAGGAGUGGGGCGGCGGGUGGCGAGGCGGGGCCCGGGGAGGAAGGCCGUGCCUCGCCCUCCACCGGGCUGCCAGUGCCCGAUGAACCGUGCCGCCAUCCAGUGCCGCGUGGGUUCGCUGAGCGCCUGUCCCACCUCUGCCACACCCCUGCUGAGGAGAACCUGUCGGCGGGCACGCUCGGCGGCGAUCUGGUGCAGGAGGAGCAGCAGUGUGCGCCUCAAGUGUCUGCUGUCACCAGCGUCACCAGCCCUGCACAGUCCUCUGACACUGUGCUCGAGGUGCCUCACGCCCCCACGCCCACUCUCACGGCCCCCGCACCCCAGCAGACUUGCACAACCCCGCUGCCUGAGUGCUGCGACGUAGUGACCCGCACCACCUCCAUCCGCCGUCAGGAGCAGCCGGAUAUCAGUUUGUGCGCUGCGUCCUGCCCGCCACCCUGCGAGGACGGCAGCGGCGGCGGUGUGGGCGGCGAGGCGCAGCGCAUCCCCACCAGCCCCGAGGCACCCGACAUCUGGUGUUCGUAUCAAUCGGAGGCGUUGCAGACCCCCGUACCUGUCACCUAUUCCUGUCCGGCCAGUGCUGCGGCCUUGCCUCCUCCUCCUCCUCCUCCUCCUCCUCCUCCUCCUCCUCCUCCUCCUUGUGUUCAUUCCCUUCCAUCAUCCUUUUCAUCCCCUUCUGUUUCUCCUGUUCUUUCUGAUAUCCCACUUCCUUCUCCUCCUUCGACUCCUCCUCCCUCUUCCCCUCAUCUCACUACUCCUCCUCCAACUCCUCCUCUUCCUCCUCCUCCUCCUUCUCCUCCUUCCCCUCCGUUUCCUUCCAUCUCUACCACCCCAUUGCCUCCUCCUUCUAUUACCCCUCCUCCUCCUCCUCCUCCUCCUCCUCCUCCUCCUCCUCCUCCUCCUCCUCCUCCUCCUCCUCCUCCUCCUCCAUCUUUCCCUCCUCUUCCUCCUCCCCCAUCUUCUCUUCCUCCUCCCCCUUCCUCUCCUCUUCCUUCUCCCCCUCCUUCCUCUCCUCCUCUUCCCACUCCCUCCUCUUCCUCACCUCCUCUUCCCACUCCCUCCUCUUCCUCACCUCCUCCUCCUCUUCCUCCACCUCCUUCCUCCUCCCCCCUCCCUUCAAGUGAGUUGUGUACGGACUCUACCCAGCAUUUCCUUUCAUCCUCUCCUACUUCCUCCUCCAUUCCUUUAUCCUCUCCUCCUUUCUCUCCAUCCUUCCCUCCCUCUCCACCCUCGCCCCUCCCCUCCGCGCCUGAACAGCUGCCCCGGCUAUCACCGCCCGCCUCUCCAUUAAGGGCGGAAUCCUCAUUGGUGAUAGACGAGGGAACACACUCAAUGGCGACCCACCCUUCCUCGGGGGCAAGAAAGUGCUGCUCCUCGUCUCCCUCCUCCUCCCCUGCCCCCGUGAGUCCUGGCGGGGAAGUCGAUCGCCUCACACCUCCUCCCGGUCCUCGCCUGCUGCACUGUGAGUCCCCGUGCUCCAAGGGCGUCCCGGAGCUUGUCAUCGUGCAGGACAUCACAGACCUGCCUGUGGGAGGAGGGGAGCAGGAGGGCGUCCUGGUGGAGGGUGGAGGGAAGGGGUGCCCGCCGGGUGACGCACCGUGCCCGCCAGCGAGGGAGGCGGCGGGCGGAGUGGCUGGCCCCGCCCUACCUUACCGCCCCGCCCUCCCGCUUGGGUCCCCUGGAGUCUCCAGCACCACAGGUCAGCACCCGCGGCUUGCUGGUGGGGCUGACGUGCAGCCUGACACUGCAAGGGAAGAACGCCGGGGUGAGGGUGAGGGGAGUGGUGAGGACAAUGUCACUGCGUCACCUCCUCAUGACUGCCCCGCCCCAUCCCCCCUCGGCAAGGCCACGGUGUUAUGUGAAGUGCCCGGAGGCGACAUGCAGGGGCCAGAGUGGAGCGACCUGGUCUGUUGGCAGUGCGGGAAGGAGUGCCAAGUGCCGCAGUGGGCUGGCACCAGCGACGGGCAGGCGGGCAGUCUUUGCCAUGGCGUGGUGGGGGAGGCACACGCGGUGCACUGCCCCGGGGAGGUGGUAGGCUCGCUGCAGGUGCUGGUGGGGGAGGCGCUGUGGCAGUACCCAGUACUGGGCCACGCCGAGGAGGGCCACCACCAUGCCGGCGAGGAGUGGGCACUCGUGUUGUCCGGACGCGGGUGGCGUGUGGCUAUAAAUAGUUGUGGUGGUGGUGGUGGUGAACUGGUGACCAUGAGCAGUGACAACAUGGCGGGUGGCGCGGCGCCCUCGCCCGCCACCCUCCGUCCGGAGCCGCCCUCCUUUUCCGGCCGGUGCUCCUCUAUUUACGGUUUUAAGAUUAGUGGUGCGGACAGUUCUAAGGUGCGCAACCUGCUGCCCAUGUUCGUGAGCAGCAGGAACACCUCGCGGGAGAUUCCCGGCGGCGUGACCUUCAGAGUGAAGGGGGACGCCUCCUGGCAGACUCAUCGACCCAAAAGGAACUCUGACAAGUGUGACAUACGCAUGUACCGCGGCGAGGAGGGCGGCGCGGAGGACAAGGACGAAAGUGGGUUUAUUAAACUGUGUGGCGUCAACCUGGGCUCGGGCCCCGCCUCGCCAAACCCGUACCCGCUGUUCAGAUGUAACACGCUGCCGCGCAGGUUACCCUCCUAUAGGCUGUCACCUCUCCCGGCCUGGCCACAAGCCUCACAGACUUCCCUGGACUCUGAAAUCGCAUCUUCUGUUCCCUCUUCACGUCGCCAGUCGCUGAUUGAGGCCGAGGAGGGACUGGCUGCCGCCCAUAUUCAACCGGGUGGCGACGCCGGCGGCGGCCGAGGGUCUGGGGCAUCCCUUCCUCGGCCGCCGCCAUCCUGUGAAUCAAGCAGCAACGCCGCCAGUCCGCCCUGGGGCCCUUCUACUCCACCACCGCCCUGGGGAUCGACUGGCUCUGCGCCACCUGACACGACGCGAUGUUAUGUUAACAGCAUUCCACGACCAUACCGCGGCUCUGCCAGCAGCAGCACCAGCACCAGCCCCGUGCCCCCUGCCGUGCCUCAGCUGCAUCGCCCCAGGGACUUCCUCCCCAACACUGCAGAGCACAGCGAGCCAUCCCAGGAGGAUGUUGCCCUGCCGCUCCACCAAGAAGACCUCGAUCCUUGUUUCCCGUACGAGUUGCAACCCCCCGCGCCGCUCCUCACCACGCGCCGAGCUGCGGCACAGCGUGGCGCUGCGGGGCACGCUGGCAUCACUGUGCCUUCUGACGAGACUGCCUCUGCGCAGGACGCUGAGGUCAGGGUGCAGUUGACCUCAACUAACUCAGCAACAUUUGCCACAGACCCAACAGUCACCAGUGGCGCCAGCCUUGCCUCGGGAACUUCAGCUGAGGGCGUGGUAGUAGCACCGUCACAGCUCGUCACCUGGCCUCCGCGGGGGGCUAAUGCGCAAGGGGGUGCCCGGCGGGAGUCAGGCCCACCUGUAGCUACUCCUUCCACUCCUUUUCAAGACCAUCGCCGUGAGCCAGUGAAGUCUAUGGAGGUGGAAGCGGAGGCCAUGACGCAAGCACCGGGAGCUGCGUUUCGGCCCACGACGGUUACUAAAGAGUGUCAGCCUGUCCCAAGGGAAGCGACACUGCUUGGCGGCGCGAAGCAACUCUCCUGUGACGCCCAGGAAGUGACGAGACCUAACCCUCAAAGGGAGGCCACACCUGACCCCACCCUUCUUCCUGGUGAGAAGGAAGAGGAGAUCACACCGCCCGCAUCUAAGGAGGCCACACCUGAACCAUGCCUUUUUUCUCCUAUUGAAGAGGAGGAGGAGGAGGAGGAGGAGGAGGAGGAGGAGGCCACACCGCCUAUUGAGGAAGAGGAGGCCACACCACCUUCAUCUAAGGAGGCAACACCUCGGCCUUCCCUCUUUAUUUCGGAAGUUACGCCGCCAGCAUCUAGGGAGGCCACACCCCAGCCCUGCCACCCUUGUGUUUCGGAAGAGGACAAAUCUUUUGCAUCCGUGGAUAUUAUGCCUCAUCCCUCUCCUCCAUCCCCUGCUCUGGAGGAGGUGACAUCCCUUGUCUCCUCUUGCUCCUUUGCACCUAAAGAAACCUCACCUCAUCCUUCUUCUCCUCCUCCUCCUCCUCCUCCUCCUCCUCCUCCUCCUCCUCCUCCUCCUCCUCCUCCUCCUCCUCCUCUUCUUUCCCACUCUGAGGAGGCCACACCUUGUCACUUAGAUGAGGACACACUCCCUCCUUCCAUUCUUUAUCAUCCUGAAGAAAUUAUACCUCCUCCUCCACAGUUUAAAGAAGUCACACCACCGCCUUACUGUCCUUCCCCUUCCUCUACUCUUCCAAUCGAAGAGAAAACAUCCCCUUCCUCUCCUCUUCCUUCUUCCUCUCUAAGUGAGGAGGCCACAUCGUCUUUUCUGUCUGAGAUCACACUUCCUCUCUGCUCUUCUUCCCUGCCAGAGGAAACUGUGCCUGCUUCCCAUACUAACGAGGCCAUGCUUCCUCCCUCUCCUCCCCCCGUUGCUUCUAUGCAGGCUACACCUCCUGCCUCCCCUCCAAUCACCCUCAAAGAUGUUACACCUCCUUCCCCCCUUUACUACAGUGUCUCUGAAGAGGUCACUCUUUCCUCCUUUCCUUCUGUUCCCUCCCAAAAAAUUACAUCUCCCACUGGCAAAGAGGCAACAACCUGCAUGACUACCACAGAGGUCACAUCUCCUAUAACCAUCAGGGAAAUCACACCUCCCUCUAUCAAGACCAAAGAGGCCACACCUCCACCCUCUCCUGGUGGAAUGGGCGAGCUUGUGUCUCCACAGAAAGAAUCAGUGACGAUGGGAAGUUAUGGGGAGGUAGGAGAGGGUGUGGUCACCAGCCCCUGGGUGAGAAGUAGUGAGGCUGCUUCAAAGACUGGAAUCAGCCAGCGUGCAGCCAUGCUUACCCGCCAAGCCGACAGCCCGCCUCUUCCCCGGCCUACACGCUUCCCACUGGAUAUAAUAUGUGGCAGCAAGGUGUCUGGAGAGUUGUCCCCAGUGGCAGGCACCAGACAUAGGCUAUCCUCCUUGGGCCAGGUGUUGCCACCACCAGCACAUACCUCCACCAGGUCCAAGUCUGCCUCGAGAGUGGGCAGUGGUGGCACCGAUCCCAACUUAGGCACUCCUCAACGAGAGUCAGACGCAGGGCCCAAGGGCGGGUCUGGACGGGAACUGGGCCAAGCAGAGGCGAGAACUGUCCCACUCCCCAUUGUGCUGCCUCUGGACACAACGCUGAAAAACAAAAUAAGACAAACCAUAAACUCGUUUGCAGGACAGGAGGCUACCCUUUCCCAUGCUCCUGUCCAAAAUACCUUCACCUCUGCUCCCAGCACCACACAAGAUGAAAUGGAAGCCCAGUGCAACAAGGAGUCAGAAACAGACCAACAUACUUCUUACUCCCCUGUGUCUGGCAACGAGGCUUUUGCCGGUGAAGUCUCAGAUUCUUGUGGUGGUGGCAGUCCCUCUGAUGGUGGUGGCGCUCACAGGCAUUGUCUUUUGAUGGGAAUGAAAGUUUUCACUGAUGAUGCUGUGGGCACUGGCCAGGCUGAGGAUCCUGGCCAGACUGUUACUGACGUGUACUCAGCAUUUUCUGGAACACUUUGCGAAAUGGCGAUGCCACGAAAUGUGGACACUGCUGAGGACCACAACCACUCUCAGACUAAUGACACGAGUCCUGUGUCGUCAGUUGAUGUUGAGUCCCACAAGGUAAUCUCCACCAGUCUGCCAGAGGAACCACUAGUCGUCAUGAGCGGCCAGGUUUCAUCUUACGGUUCCCAAAGCCCAUCUCAGCCACAGGAAUUGGAGACAAAGAUGUUGUUCAUAGAUGAGGGAGCCACCAUCAGCCAUGGAGCCUUGAAAACUCCCGAUUCGCUUGUUGCAGCCACAGAAUACAAAGACAUGAAGAGUCUCACCUCUUCACUCCAGGAGGAGAGGGAAGUUCAACCUGUGGAACCUGCCACUUGUCAGUUUCCAAAAGAAGUGUCAUCAGAUGAGGGCCAGGAACGAGAUGAUUCCAUUGAGGGAACUUUUGCAGCUGUGCGUGUCGUGGUGACUGAGGCUCGUGAGUCAUCGCCAGAGUGCGAGGCUGAGGUCAGCAGUCUGGUGCGGGAGGAGUCUGUAGAAGAGUACGAACCCGCCCUGGAGGUUGUAUCUAUAAAUCCCAGCCGUACAUCCAGCCACAGCUCAAUCAGUGUUGCCACAGUGGUGACUUUGGGCAGUCACAGCCACACCCCUGAGCUGCCCCUCCCUGAUGAGGAUGCUGAGGAGGAGUUUGUGGAUGCUACAGAUGGCACAGAAGGAGUUCAAGAGAUUCCACCCAAUUCUAAGUCUAAUGGGUUUGAAACAUCACCUGUGGAAGCACAAAGUGUCUCACCUGUUGGGGCCUCACUGAAGGUGGAGUGCGAAGCCCCUGAAGAUGGCUCUGCCUCUUCUGAUGGCCAAGCAACUUACGCUGACCUGCCAGCUUCAAUCUCAGCCUCAGCCUCCUCAACAGGCUCUGAUACGUGGUGGACCUCAACUGGCGGCCCUGUGGCACGACGAGACCUCUUCCCUCUGGAUGAGGAUGAGGACGAGGCCCAGUGGCGUGCUGCUCACGCCACUGUCCACCUAGACACGGAUGAGGAACCUGCUGGUUAUGAGGGUGAUGAGGAUUUUGCUACCAUGGAUGCUGACAUGCAACGUCUCGAGGAGAAGCUGAAGAAAUUUGAAAGGGAGCUUGGUGGCAAUGACGGAAGUGUCAUAGAUGAGUGUGGCAGUGGCAAAAGGGACUCCAUCACCUCCCCGCCAUGUUCCUCUCUAGGCAAUGAGUCACUGCGACUAAUCAUCCCAGAAGUGUUUCCAUCCCGCCGCUCCACACAGACCAAGCAUCUCAGCCUCAUGACCCAGCUAGAGGUGCACCAGUAUGGGGACUCUGCCAGUGAGUCAGAGAAUGAGUCUCGAGUGUCCUCCUCCAGCGACUCGGCUGACUUCCUUUUUGUGAAGACCAAGGUGAAGGUGAAGCCUGGUGAGCGCAUCAGCCGCUCACUGGACCAGCGAUGUCCCAAAAACCUCCACAUCCUAGGCAAGUCCACAGGAGACAGUAAGAACAAGGAGAAGGAGGGCACGUGCCUCUUUGAAGAACGAGUAGACCUGAGCAGCCUCGUUAUACCCCUAGAGUCGGCAGGCGAGGAGCCUACCAGCAAGCCCCGUUCUGAGAGUAUUAGUAGUUACAAGUUUGAUGAUGAGGUGAGCGAUGCCCAGACCGGAGAGGAGACAAUGCCUGACAAAGACAUGUGUGAGCCCAUCACCACGGAGGCAGACGAUGUGCUUUGGGGGGAUGAGGACCACCUGCUACUGGGCUACAUCUGGCAUGAGGAUGAUAUGGCUGCUGUGGACUUUGAGGGCUUGGAAGAUUUCCAGAGCUUUGAGGGACAGGAAGCUCUCAUGUUCAUGUUUGAGGAUGAUGAUGAGGAUGAAGUGGUGAGCAACGAAGAGAGUGAGGGUGAUGUGCUGCCAGAAUCUCGUGAUGAGGCUGACAUCUCCCCUGGCGAGUACUUGGCUGAUGAGAGUGAGGGUGAAGGUGACAACCACCGAUCACGGACACUACCCGCUGCCAAAGGUUCAGACAACACUUUCGUGGCAGCUUUCAAGAAUGGCCUCAGGAAAGCCUCUAAAUAUUUUGGCCCCAAGAGUGAUGCCCGUGUCAAGAAAGUGAGUGGAGGUGGGAGGGACUCUUCACAGGAUGUACUGUCCCCCACCCCACCAGCUCCUACUGGGAUGGAGGAUGACACCACCGCCGGCGUGUACAACGUGCAGAGUGGUUUGGUGGGCGGACCUGCCUCCCACCAUGCCCCCUUCAGCGACUCAGAAAGUGCUGACAUUUAUUCCUGCAGCUCUGGCGAAUAUUACGCUGCGCCAGCCAUGUGUGUCAACACAUCGGAUGAGGAUCGAAGCCUUGCCCUCACAAAGGUCUCCACCUCCCAGAAAGAAGCCCCAAGCCAGCCACCGGUGCCACCCCGGCGCUGGUCCAACCGCAAGUCUCGAAUGGUCCAAGAGGUAGACAUGUCUCCUCGAGGACAUACAGGGGCAGUGCAAGAGCCAAUUGCUGUCCCUCCCAUUACCUCGCUCCCAGCAAGCCCUGCACCCCAUGCAGGCAUUCCACGCUCUGAGCACCACACCAAUGGGUCUAAGGAGAUGUCACCAAGCCCUGCUGUGGCGCCACAACAUAUGAGCAGGACGGUGGGGUCACCAGUGUGGGAGGGAUACUGUCCUCCUGCAGCCCCCUUCCCAGGCACACACAUGCUGCCCCACCAACCCUGCGUGCCUGCCGUGCCAUGGGGUGUUGAUCCAUUCGCGCGAGUUCCUGAGGCUGCUCACCAUCAGCAUCAGCACGCUAUUCCCAACCACAGACUGGUUCACACCUCCCCCACUCACCCCGUCCACCCCUAUGUAGCCCCUGACGCUGUCCUCCCUUACCCUUGUGAAGCUCACCACGCUGCCUACUCCCACCCCUGUGCUGGCCACCUCACCGCCUCCCACGCCUCCCCCAUGGCUCCCCACAUUGCCUCUCACACCCACAAACCCACUUCUGUUAAGCAGCUGAAACGUAAACAACAGGAAAGGAUUCUUCGCCAAGAGGCUGAAGAAGGCCUGGAAGCAGCUGGCUGUGCGUUCUGUGUGGGAAUGCCGCAGGCGCGCCAGCAGCCGCCACAACACGCCGUCCACUGGCGCCAGUCCAGCCCUCACCCUCAUGCCUCCAGUGACCGGCGCUCCUGGCCGCCCCGCGUAAGUUGUCUCGUGACACUCAGACGCAGGAGUCUCCCUACCCUUGCCUGCACUAACGGGCCUGGCUUGACCACAGGACGGUCUGCCCCACCCCCUAUCCUCACACACACCACCCCUAGUAACCCCAUGCCUGUGUGUUUGGUUACUGCCUCGGCCGCCCUCCACCCUCACUCUUCCCACAGUGAGGACUCUUUGGUCAGUGAGGGCUGGGGGCGGCGCUCCUUCCUAGACACCCACUCCACCACCCAGGGCUUAACUUCCUCCUCGGGAUCUGACAGUGACCCUUACUGGACUCCCGUCACACGCCUGCCUGUCACCCCCACCCCUGGCGUGACCCUCUCACCCUCUCUUGCCUGCAGCACCCCACCAUCCCUGCCGGCUGCAGGUCCCUGGACGGCCCCAGCCCACACCCAACACACUCUCUUAGACCCUGAACCCUGGAUGCCUCUCCCCAGCCAUCCCCAAGACCAGCCUGUCUUGCUGCCCCGUGAGGCCAGGACGCCCACAGGACAAGGCCCAACGCAGGAGCAGGCCGCCCCCUACCACCUCCGACCCUUUAUUGCCGCCAGCAGCGUCUCCGCCUCCGCUGUUAACUGGCCAGCGUGUGUGGGCUCACUAACCCCGCUGCUGGCCGUGGCCCUCGCCUGCUACAGCUGCCCGCUACUAAUAUUCCUCAGCGCCCCGGACCUCCCCGAGGGGCUUAACCUGGGCAGCCCCAGCCACUCCCCCAUCCCCCGCCCAGCCCCCUGGCUCGCCCCUAGCUCCGCCUCGUCGGUGGAGCGUUGCCCCUUCCUCAAGUACAGCGCUUCCGAGAGUGACUUGGACAAAGUGAUGCAGGAGUGUAUGCGCCAUGACUCUUGAGGGGAAAUAUGUGGCCUUUCUUUCUCUCUCUCUCUCACUAUUAUUUUUGUUUUUUUUUUAAUAAAUGUAUUUAUGUAGA